CGUCAAUCAGCAUACAUCAUCGAUGCAAAGUUCCAUAUCCGAUUUGGCUUGUGGCAAUCUCAAAUCUAUCAGGAUACUUGGAUAUUAUGCGUAUAUAACCAAAAAAAUUUUCAGCCUAUUCACUCCGUCGAUACGGAAUCCAUCAACUGUCAAACAAUCAACAUCGUAAUGACGGAUCCCCUCGAUUUCCUGAUUUGUGUGACAUGCGGCGUGCAAUAUACUGAAACUCUGGAAUCAGAGCGCAAGACAUGCCCUGUCUGCGAUGAUCCUCGUCAAUAUGUCGGGCCAGCUGGACAAUGCUGGACCACGCUACGCUGCAUGCGCGAGUCUGGAAAGUACAAGAACACAUUCACGCCUGUUAUUCAAAACGCCCCCGCAAAUAGUGGUGGUAACACCAUUAGCUGUCGUCAAUUAAUCAGCAUCCAGACUACCCCCCAAGUCGCAAUCGGCCAGCGCGCGCUUCUAUGCAUUUCGCCAAAUGGAAACAUCCUCUGGGAUUGCAUCACCUAUCUUGACGACGAGACGGUAGCCACAAUAAAGAGCUAUGGCACUUUACACGCUAUUGUGAUUUCCCAUCCGCAUUACUUUAGCACCUGUCUUCACUGGGCGGAGGCUUUCGGUUGUCCGGUGUAUAUCUCCGCAGAGGACGAGGAAUGGAUUAUGCGUCGGUCUGACGAUACUAGUAAAAUGGUGAUUUGGAGUGGACACCGAAAAGCUUUCUCUCCUUCUUCCUCCUCGUCAACUACUGGAGAUAGCAGUGGUGAGGACAAGCAGAGUGAAUUUCUAUGCGUCAAAACAGGUGGCCAUUUUCCCGGCUCGUCAGUUUUUUACUGGCCAGCAAUGCGGAAGUUGUUAAUUGCUGAUUCGAUAUAUGUGGUACCUUCCGGGGUAUAUCAUAUUGAUAGACCGCUUGGAACAGCGUCGUUUUCGUUUAUGUGGAGUUAUCCUAAUUUGAUACCGCUUCCACCAGACGAGAUUCUCAAGAUAUGGGAUGCUAUUAAGGAUUUGGAGUUUGAUGAUACACAUAGUGCAUUUGCGGGGAGGGAUACGUAUGGGAGGAGUAGGCAGCGAGUGUUGGAAAGUGCAAAGAUUAUUGUUAAAGCAAUGGGAUACAACUCACACGCUAUUCAUGCGGAGGAGGCUUAAUUGGGUUAUCAAUAUCGAAUGUUUGAUGCCGGUACCGAUUGAUAAUGUUGAUUUGAAUAACGUGUUAGGUAAUAACAAUAAGUAAAGAACAGAAAAUGAAUGUAAUCCCACUAGUCCCUAUGA